AUGAACAGGCAUCUUCAGAAAAUGUGCAAUUCGGGUAGCUUCAUGGAGAUCUGUAAGAUUAUAGAAUCAAAAACCACAAAACCAAAUCAUAACUAUAAAGAUAUGACCCUAACAACGACGGACCUGGAUCAUCUCAAACAAUUUACCAUAUCAAAUAUUCUGAAGACUUUAAACUCCGAUUCCAAAAUACCAGAGCCACUCAUAAAGCUAUCUGUAUUGCUAGGCGAAGAUCAUAUAAGCUUAGUCAGAUCGGUAGUUUGUAACUUUGUUGUAUCUAGAAAAUCGGCUGACAUCUCACAGUUUAUUCAGCAAAAUUUUCAGAAUCCAAGUUCCCUGAGGAAAAUUUUUGAUUUUUUGGAACAGACAGCUGACAAUGUCUCUAACCUCUACAGCAAUACGCCCAUAGAUUGGAAUAUAGAUCUAAAGCUGGUGAAUAGGUCUUUGGUAAUGAUAAAACAGAUACUGUGCGAGUAUUUUUUCUCCUCUGAAGUUAUGCCUGAUUCAUAUUCAGCUGGAAUAGUUUACACCAUUAAUUUUGAAAGAAAGCUAGAGAACUUUUUCAACAAUAAAAAAUGCUGCAUUUCUCCAGCAGGCAAUACUGAUGAUGACAGUGCUGUCAGUUACAAUCAAAGCAAUCUUAGCGAGUGCAUUCACAAGAGGAUGCUGUCUCGUGUCUGUGUACCCUAUAUUGAAAUCUUUUUUGAACAAUGUCUUUCGAAAAACUCAGAUGUCAGUCCUCAGCAGAGUAUAAUAGAAAAGAACAUCAUUAAGAGCUAUAUUGAGUUUUUCAAACAGUUGGAAUACGCAUAUGGCAUUGCAUUGUAUAUUGAUGACAGAGAAGCCUACAUAAAACUUGUUACAAUCGUUGAUAGAUGUCUUUUUAACCUUAUCAGGCAAACCAAAAUAGAAGACAGCCCUGCCAAAAUGAUAGUGGUUAUUUCAACGAUUUUAUAUAUUCAACAUGUGCUUGAAGAGUUUGUCAACAAUGUCUCACUGAGGCACCCAAUAGAAUUCCAGCUGGUAUCGAUGGAAGCAUCUAGAAAACUUGAAAGGCAGCAGGCCAUAAAAAUUGAACAUGAAUUUAAUAACAAUUUCUCGGGGAAUGUUUUGGAUUUUUGA